AGGGGAAGCGUGUAGGACUGUCACAGGCUUGUGGUUCUACCUAUUCUAAUAACAAUAGUGUAAAUUGCUAGCUGUAUGAUUUAGAUUGCUCAUGAGAUCAGUUAGCCCUGUGUUCCCUACUUCAAUACUGUAAUUGAAGACUCCAGAAUUCAAGCAAUAUUGUACAGUAUGAUUUUACACUGAUACAUGGAAAUUGCUAUCUUAACCUUUAAGUACUCUGUCUAUCUUUCAAGCAGGUUAAUCAGUUCUCAAAAUGGGGACACCUAUAUUGAACAAACCUAGAUCAUUAUCCUGCACUCCAGAGAAUUAUGAGAAUUCUGUUCAAAGCAGCAGCUUAGGGAAACAGCUAAUGAGCACAACCCUACGAGAACGGUUGAAGAAAACAAAAAGAUCCUUUCAUUCAACUUUUAUUGUAGCCAAACAACUUAAAAUAGAUGAUGAAAACAAUAGUAACCAGAAGGACAAAACUUUAUGUAAGGAUGGACUAUAUUCUGUAUCACGUGUUGAGGAUAAAUGCUUGGAAAACGUUCCUGAUGAAACUAUGUGUUUGAAGAGUUCUGCACAAGACAGAGCACUUUGUAUAUCUGAAUAUACUGGAUACAAUAAAACUACACACAAUUCUUCAGAAGUUAAUUUAUUGGGCACAGACUGUAAACAAUGGGAGCUGUUGGAGGAAAAGAUGACAUUAAUGAAGCAGCUUCAGGAAAAAGAGGACCUUCUUCGAAGACUUAAAUUGGUCAAAGUCUAUAGAUCAAAGAAUAACCCAACAGAGUUACAGUUUCUGAUAUCAAAAUGGAGAAAGAGUUCCCAAGCAGUGUUGUAUGAACUGCAGUCAGCCUUAUCUACUGAUAACAAAAAAUUAAGUCUGACUCAACUGAUUGACAGUUUUGGACUAGAUGACAAACUCUUACAUUAUAUCCGAACAGAUGAAGAUUUUACAGAUCCAUAAUAUUAGUGCUUUAUUCACUCUUAAACAUAUAUCAAAAGAUUAGUAUUUUCAAGAAUUGAAUCUAAGUCUUGAACUGUAUCACUGGAUUGCUGUAAGAAACUGCUAUCCCUCUCUUUUAUACUUCUUUUUCAGUCCCCCCUCUUUAUUUUAAUCCUGGCCAUCUCUCCCUCCUUAAUUAAUACAUUAAACUC